UCGCAAAAAGAGAGAAGAAAAAAAGCAAACGAAACUCUGCGGAGAAGGGUUGGUUUGGAAAAGCGAAGCCCCGAAGAAAAGCAAAAUAUUCCAGCAGCGGCAGCGCAACGCCAUUUCAAAACAAAAACAUUUAACCGCCGUACGUGAAUCGCGAUCCAUCCGGGAACGAUGCGACCCCAGUACCGUGCGCGCGGUCGUCCGGAUUACGGCGGAGGAGGUGCUGGUCGAUUCGGCGGUGGCAACUUUCGUGGCAGCCGCGGACGCAGACAUAUGCGACGACCCAGCUUCGACCACCGUCCGGCGCUAGUAUCGUCGCCGCACAUCCACGCUCAUCACGAGCGGACACACAAUCCGCAGCCACCGCAACCCUUUCGGUCGCCGGACCGGAACUUCCAUCCUGGACAUCAACACCCGCACCCCCACCACCACCACCACCAUCAUCAUCACCGGGAGUUGCAGCAGGAGGAACGGCAACCGGUAGUACCGGUGGUUGCUGAGUGUUCCCACCGGACAGAGUCACCGUGGCAGCGUGAUCGUCGUGGGGUGAUUGAAGUGGCCGCUGAGGUGGUGAAGCCGGAAAGUCCGACGCCGUCGGAGAGGCACCGGAAGCGCAAGCGAAGGCACCGCAGCCCGACCAGUCCCGUGCUGAGCAACAUUAGCUCCGGCAGCAGCAUCUACGUCGAGCAGGAGGUCGAAGUGGAGGAGGACAGCGACGGAAAUGCUAGUCCGGAUUACGACGAGGUGACCAGCGAGGAGGAAAGUGUUGAGGAGGAGGAAGUCGAAGAGGAGGAGGAGGAGGUCGAGGAGGAGAUUGUGGUCGUAAAGAAGAAGAAACGAAAGAAGGACAAGAAAAAGAAGGACCGGGAACGUCGCCACCGGAAGAAGGAAAAGAAACGCAAGAAGGAAAUCCUAGAAGAGCGGAUUUGUCCGCCGGAGCAUGAAGUGCCCGCCCAAAAGGAGAUCUUCUCGUCCGGACAGAACAUUCUGGUGAGCGUAAGCUUCGAUGAGGAGGGUGCUGGCGCUGGCGCGGAAGCCGAUGCGUACAAGGCUUACCGGAAGGCCAAAAAGAAGAAGUCCAAGCGAGCAAAACUCAAGGAGGAACGAAGAAAGCAGGAAGAGCUGGAGGACGAGUAUCCUACGAGCAGUCAGAAGAGGGUUCGCAAGCUGGACGAUAGCAUCAAACCGGUGGCCAUUAUCGAUCUGGAACGAUCGCCGGGAAAGCAGGUCAUCUCGAGUCCCAAGGAGGUCAUCGUGCUGAGCGAUGAGGAGGCCGGCGGAAGUGGCAAAAAGAAGAACAAAUCCGGCACCGAGCAGGUGGGACCAAACACCCCUCCAGAACCGGCUCCAAAAUCCCCAGAAUCUUACGACCCCUUCGAUCCAACGAAAUCUCCAAUGGAUUCGCUCGCAUCCGGCGUCAACUUGGGCAGCAUAUCGACGGUCAGCUAUCCGGAUCAUCACCAGCACCACCUCCACCACCAGCAUAGGCAGCGAGUCGCGAAGGAAAUCGCCUCGCCCGAUCUCAACUCCGCCGACGACGGCAUCCUCGAUCUGCACCCAUCCUCACCGAUGGACCAACUCACGCCUCGGCAACCCUUCCGACAUUCGCCGCAAAAGGCGCUCCGCUCAACCCCCGCCAAGAAACCGUCCGCGGCGAUGCCAAGCGGAUGGGAUGACCCGUUGGACGACGGGGACAUCUCGCCGUACUCGCCGCGGUCCAGCGACUGCGACGAUCACAUGUUUGAUCCUCCGUCGGCGGACGGUGCCGCCAACAGCAGCUCAUCCCAACAGCCCAAGACGAUCGCCCUGACGGUGGACAAUCUGCGGCGGGUGUUUGGCAACGACAAGAACACCCUUUACGGCGACCUGCGCCGACCCAACGAAGCCGUCCAGCUGGUGGACGAAAUGUACAAACCUCAAAAAGUGACCAUGGAGAUGCUGGACGACAUGCCGAAUUCUGCCGUUGAUUUGCAGAUCAAGGAGAAGCUCAUCCAGAAGCUCCAGCGGCAGGAUCGCAUCAUCGAGGAGGUGAAGAUCUUCCUAAAGCCGCACUUUAAUAAGAAGCUCAUCAACAAGGAAGAGUACAAAACCAUCAUGAAGAAAUCGGUUCCGAAGAUCUGCCACAGCCGGUCCGGCGAGAUCAACCCGGUCAAGAUCCAGAACCUGAUCAUGGCGUACGUGAAGAAGGCGAUGGCGAAGCGGAAGCUCGGCGGCAGCAGCGGCGGAAACGCGAUCGUUUCGUCCACGACCGCGGUCACGUGAUAGUACCUUGAAUUAUACGAGAGCUAGGAGAUGGAGAGAGUGGUCACGUGCAACGGUCCCGCCGCCGCCGCCGCGAAGCGGGACAGAUAUUUCAUUUGAAACAUUUUAGUGGCAGCAGAAUCAGAAGGAGUGUAAGUUUUAAUUUAUAAAUCUUAUUUUCUCAUUCUCAACACAUCCUUUUUCAUGCUGAAUCGAUAGGUUUAUUUCUGGACACUCGAUUUAAAAAUCAAUCAUUGCAAUCUAACGCGUACGAACUUAUUAGUUGAUAUUAAGUAAAUUAAUACAUAUUAUUAUUUUCAUGAAAAACAACAUUGAACUGUGUACCGUUCGUAGAUGAAUCGAACUAGUGAAAUACAAACUCCUUGAGGGAGUGUUACAUAAUAAGGCAACAGUGGAGUGAAUUGUAAGAAUAGCAUUAAAUUUCAAUGUGAAGAUUUUCUAGAAUCUAGAUGAUGUUGUUUAAGUGCAAACACGUAUAAAGUUUUAAUAACCCCCCUUUGAAUAAAAAUUUGGCACAUGGAGUGCACUUUAGUGUGAGGUAUUAAUUGAGACUUGUUUCAUUUAUCUUUUCCCCCGAAAUGUCAAAUGGUGCGAAGAACAGCUUCCGACCGACUGGCUAGACGGUACCCCAAUCUUCAAAGAGGGGCAAAUUCUCGAUUGUGCCUACUAUCGAGGCAUCACAAUCCUCAACUCAGCGUAUAAAGUACUCUGCCGAAUCCGGCGGCGAAUACCCAGUGCGGUCUUCGAACGGGUCGGUCAACGACGGAUCAGAUGUUUACUCUGCGACAAAUCCUCGACAAGUUCCGGGAGUACAACCUGCAAACACACCAUUUGUUUAUCGACUUCAAGGCGGCGUACGAUUCAUUCAAAAGAAACGAAGUUUAGAAGAUAUUGGUAGAACAAGGCUUUUCGGCGAAGCUAAAGAAGGUAUUAUACUCUGACAAACAGACAAACAGCCGUUGAUUUUUGCAUCCACUGACCCCUCGUUCAUUUUGCUUUGUUAUUGUUUUUGACGUUUGUCGCUUAUUUUACCAAAAACACAAUGGCUCAAACAUAUUUCAUGAACAAAAAACAUAUUUUAUAAAAGGGCAGCUAAAAAUUUGCAGUGUAAAAGUUUGAAUUAGGUUUUACGCCGACUUAAUUUUUAGGUUAGAAAUUUGACAGCUUGGCUGCACUGUUGCACGUGUGCGCCCAUGACAUCACGCUGUAAAACCUAAUAAACUGUUUGUUUGCUCACAAACUUGUUUGCCAAACUCGCGGGAUUGAAACUCGUCUAAAAAACCUGUAUCAUUUCCUCCUUCAAAACGGUGGCGCCACGUGGUGGCAGCUGCCCUGUUUAUUACACUGUGAAUUAUCCAUGGCUAAUCAAAGGAAUCAAAAGGUGACAACAGAAAUAUCCGUCCAAAAGGGGUGCUGCAAAAAAAAAACUUUUUAUUUUUAACAAAUUUCCGAACAAAUCAACAACGAAUACAAGUUUGAUAGUCGAACUACACUUAAAAGUUGGUUGUGUUAAUUGUUUUUGCAAAACCGCAUAUUUUUAAACAAAAGUGCCAAUAAUAUUCGUAUUUACCUUUUGCCUCUUGGUGGCGCUUUGUGUUAGUAUGUGUGUGGUCGAUGUUUGCGGACGUGCACGCAGAACACAGAACAGUGAGAACUAGCAAAAAUGCCUCACUUUCUUCUGAUACAAGUCGCCAUAUUGAAAUUGCUUGAAGAUUCAUACCCGUGCCAAACUCCCAAGCUGUUUGUUUAAAAAAAACUUUCCCAAAAACAAAAUGGCGGACCCGGCAAUACCUAAUACUAAUACCUCCUUAACCAUACUGAAUACUGAUAAAAAAACAUAUCAAAUUUCAAGUUUGACUUUUACAAUUUCGAAACAAAAACUCUAUAAAAAAAAGACGCUGAAUAUCAAUGAAUUUGUGAAAGUAUUCGAGGUGUUAUUGCACUAGAUCGUAAUUGCUCGACUUUCGAUCGAUAUUUCUCGAUCUAAAUAUUUGUCGAUGGUAAGUAGUAAUUUGUCGACAGAAGAUUGAGAGCAUUCGAUCGAUAUACUAUCGACAAAUUAAGACUAAUGAUCGAGAAUAUUUCGAUUUGUGUUCGAAGCUUGUUUUCAAUUCUAGCAUUCAAAAAUUUUAAAAUUUAAAAUCUAAUCUAAUCUGAUCAAAAUCUAGCACAGCCAAUAUUUCUCAGGGAGGAAUCCUUAUAAGGAGCUAUUAAACUACGGUAAACAAACAAAUAAAUUCGCACUUUUUCGUGUUUGACAGUUUGCCAAACUCGCAAACAAGGCAAAAUGUAUGCAGACUGACGUUUGUACAAACAAAUCCAGGAAAACAAACAAAGCAGGCUAACUGUCAAAAAGUGCGAGUUUGUUUGUUUGCCUUAGUCUAGGAGCUCCUUAAUGUUAGAUAAUGCCUAGCCAUCUUUCUGCAUUUUUUAAAUUUCUAGGGCUCCAUUGCAUAAAAAUGCUUUAAAACAUCACAAACGAUAAAGCGGCUAGACCAAAAAGUAUUGAAAAUAGAGCGAGCACUCGGAGCAAAUUUUAACUAUUUUUAUGGUACCAACCAGAGGUACAACCGUAACGCCUUUGAUGAGGCGUUACUGUUUUCAGGCGUUAUGAAAAUAAAUGGUGCAAAAAAAUCAUCACAACAAGCUCCCAGAUUUUUUUCUACUGACAGUUGAAAUAAAUAAACAAAACUAAAUAGUUUCGUUUCUUGGCUGAGAACCAUGUUUCCUGCUGCAUUCUAUCUAAUUUCCAAAAAGAAAACCCCUUUUUGCCCCAAGAGCUCUUCGAAACUUUUCCUUCGCCAAAGAAUCCGUCGUACCGACGAAAUGUGAUUCUUUUAUAUAGUGCUGGUUCUGAGAAAACUGGCCAAUCUUGUUUUUGUCAGACGUGCUGGAUAGGAUGUCUGGAGUAGUCGAUACUAUUCUUGGGAAUUAAAAAAUUCAAGAUUGACAAAAUAAUCGAUGGCAACCAUAAAAAUACGAAAAGCAAGUCUAUUGAACUACGGAUUUUUUUUUUUAAAUAUGUAAUAAAGUUAUUGUGGCCAAA